AUGAUGAUGGUGGACAUGAUGAUGGGCGUCCGCGACAUUGCGGCGCUUCGCCAGCGGUUGCUGGAGUUGCGUUCGCAGUGCGCCGCCGACGCGGGCACGUUCAUGGAGGCGCUGGACGAGAAGAUCGAGCAGCACGUCAGCCUCAAACUAACAGCAGACGGGGCCGCGACGUGCCCGCGGCGCGGGGCGCCCCAGGUCGCGCGCCCGUUUUGGCAGCACCCGGCCGCCCGAUGCUGCGCUGGCACCUCCCGGCGUCGGCCCUGCAGGGGCUCGCCUCGCCCCGCCGGGGCGUCGCGGGACACAACGCGCUGCCGGCGCUGCAGUGCGCCGCACGGCCAAG